CUGAUUGGAAUUGCACUCCCUGGCAUCAAUCAGCUGCUGCGUUACGCGACAGCUAAAACAUAAGUUAGAUUCAAUUAAAAGUAUAAUAUUAUCUGUAAAAAAUGUUGCGGAUCAUAAAUAUAAGUCGACUUGGUCAUACCCUGCACUUUAGCAGAGCAGUCACACAAUGGCAACUGCCGCCGGCGUUUCAACGAGAAUUCCAUGUGAGCGCCGCCAGUUUGAAACGCCGCAAAACAGCGGAGGAGAAGAAAUCGCCCAGAAUUAUAGAGUACUCCCCCAAGAAGGCGCAAACGGCGGGCGGAGGCGCUUCCGACAUCUGGAGGCACAUGACCGUGGCCCAAUUGGCCAAAGAACUGCAAAGACCACUGGAUGAUGUCCAGGAGGCCAUGCUGUAUGUCAAGGGCGCCGACAACAUUGAACCCGCUUUUAAGCUGGCGGAUCUCAAAAUCAUCCAGGAAAUAGCCAAGAAACUGGGUGCCAAAACACGGGUGGUGGCCACACCCGAAGCGACAACCGAAGAUGAACAAAAAGAGCGCGAUGUGGCACCCAGGCCACCUGCUGCUCCAGAGCUCCUGCAACCCCGUCCGCCUGUGGUGACCGUUAUGGGUCACGUGGAUCACGGCAAGACCACGCUCCUGGAUUCCCUGCGAGGUGCUGAUGUAGCGGCUGGCGAGGCAGGUGGGAUUACCCAGCACAUAGGUGCCUUUACUGUCACCCUGGAGAACGGAGAACGUGUCACCUUUCUGGAUACACCAGGCCAUGCUGCCUUUAGCGCUAUGAGAGCUCGUGGAGCAGUUGCAACGGACAUUAUUGUCCUCGUGGUGGCCGCUGAAGAUGGUGUAAUGGCGCAAACACGCGAAGUUAUCCAACUGGCGAAAGAAGCUCAAGUGCCCAUUAUCGUAGCGCUUAACAAAAUUGAUAAGCCAGAGGCUAAUAUUGAAAAGAGCAAGCGAGAGCUGGCGCAAAUGGGACUUGCUCUCGAGGAGCACGGCGGUGAUGUCCAGGUGAUUCCGAUCUCAGCCCUUAAGGGCACCAACCUGCAACUUCUGGCCGAGGCUGUCAGCACACAGGCCACCCUAAUGGGACUUAAAGCAGAUCCCACGGGUCUUGUUGAGGGAAUUGUAGUGGAAUCGAAGACCGAUCCCCGGCGUGGCAAGCUCUCGACAGCUAUCGUCUCCCGCGGAACUCUUCGCAAAGGCUCUGUGCUGCUAAGUGGCUUGGCUCACGCCAAAGUGCGAGGUCUCUUCGAUCACAAUGGCCAGCCUUUGAGCGAAGCCCCACCGGGCACACCAGUAGAGAUUCUGGGCUGGCGCGAGCUGCCUCUCGCCGGUGAUCUCAUACUCGAAGUGGAAACAGAGAAAAAAGCCCACGCCGUGCUGAAGUACCGCGAACACGAGGCACAGCAGGAGAAGAUCGAGUCGAGCAGUGAUGAGAUCCGCAAGAAGGAGGAGGAGCAUCAGGCCAAGUAUAGAGCUGAGCGAGAAGCCCGUCGACUGGCCGGACGAUUCCGGAUGCGCGGUGGCCAACGGGUCAAACAGGUGGACGACAACGAGGGCAAGCCUCGAGUCAGUGUCAUUAUCAAGGGCGAUGUGCAUGGAUCUGUGGAGGCCAUACUUGAUGUGCUGGAGACCUAUAACAGCAACGAGAGCUGCCGCCUGGACAUCGUACACUAUGGCGUGGGAAAUGUGACCGAGGGCGAUCUCGAGCUGGCCAAGGCUUUCGAUGCCAUUAUCUAUGCCUUUGCAGUGGAGACUCCACAGCUUAAAGCUGCCAAAGAAGUGAACAUACGAAGCUACAACAUCAUCUACCGGCUAAUCGACGAUCUGAAGGAGCAGCUGAGUAGCAAGCUGCCACCAGUGGAAGUGGAGGAGGUUGUGGGCGAGGCCAAUGUCCUGCAAAACUUCCUCAUCAAUGAGGGUCGCAAGGAAGUUCCCGUGGCCGGCUGUCGUUGCACGAAGGGAGUACUGAAGAAGGCCCAAAAGUUCCGCCUGCUGCGCGAUGGAGAGGUUGUCUACGAUGGCAGCCUGGAGUCAAUGCGACAUCUAAAGAACGAAGUGGAUACCAUUAAGAAGGACGUGGAGUGCGGACUACGCUUUAGGGACACCAAGGUGCUGCCCCAGGCUGGCGAUGUGCUGCAGUGCUACACCACGAACAUGGAGGCCCAGCAAACGGACUGGGAUCCAGGUUUCUAGUUUGUAUGCGCUGCUCGAUCUGCCUUGUUAUCUUCGUGUAAUCUAUAGUUUUCUAUUAUAUACUGUUUAUAUAAAACAA